CAGGAAUAAAAACUUCAGAGAAGAAGGUUUGCAAAGGAGAGAAGAAGAAAUCAGUCUAACAAUAACAGCACUGAAGUUUGACCUGUAGGAGGAAAUCAAGAUGCCUGUUCUCUUCUGGGCCACCAUGUUUCUCACCCUAACAGGCAGCAAUGCUGACACAGGUGCAUCAACAUGGGGAAAACAGCUCUGUCAGCAUGGAUUCUGCAUCACUCUAGAGGAAGUAAUAACAGCAGAGGCUGGACUUAGUUUUACGCUACCAUGUUCUUUCACAGUUAGUGAUGGCUUUACACCACAAAGUGUAGCUUGGUACCAAUGUGCACCAUCUAAAGAGAGAUGUGGAGAUUCUGAUUUAAUAUUUCACACCAGUGACAUAAAAGUUGUCAAGAGAGUGUCAAUGUUGGAGCCCGAUGUGAGUCGGAUGAACUGCAGCAUCGUGGUUAAUGAUGGCAGAGUGUCUGAUUCUGGGUCAUAUCAGCUCAGAGUUAUUGGUCUCCUGAAUAACAGGACAGAUGGAUUCACAUUCACCCCAAGAACAAAUGUCUUUGUCAAAGACUCAUGGGGAAAGCAGCACUGUCAGCAUGGAUUCUGUGUCACUCUACAGGAGGGAAACGUAACAGCAGAGGCUGGAAUCUGUGUUGUGAUACCAUGCUCUUUCACAACUAGUGAUAGCUUUACACCUCAAACUGUAGUUUGGUACAAGUGUGAACCAUCUAAAGCGAGAUGUGGAGAUCCUGACAUAAUAUUUUACACCAAUGAAGAAAAAGUUCAGUCUGGUUUCAUAGGCCGAGUGUCAAUGUUGGAGCCCGAUGUGAGUCGGAAGAACUGCAGCAUCAUGGUUAAUGAUCUGAGGGAGUCUGAUUCUGGGUCAUAUCAGCUCAGAGUUAUUGGUCUCCUGAAUGGAAAAACAGAGGGAUUUACAUUCUUUCCAAGAAUAAAUAUCUCUGUUGAAGAUCUAAAGCAGAAGCCCACAGUGAUGGUUCCUCCACUGACAGAGGGACGGCAGACCACACUGACCUGCACUGCUCCUGGUCUCUGCUCUGGCUCUCUUCCUGAAAUCACCUGGAUGUGGAGAGGAGCAGGAGGGAAGGACGUUUACAUCCCAGGAAACGUCACUGCUGUCCACACUGAGAGUCUGACUGCAGUCUCACAGAGACACAGCUCAUCUUUGACCUUUAACCCUUCAGCUGAACACCACAACAUCAAUGUUACCUGUAAGAUCAGCUUCACAGGGGGCACAACUACAGAGAAGACUGUCACUCUGCAAGUGAACCUCGAUCUUGAGAAACAUUGUGGAGUUGUUCCCUGGACUGUUGCUGGUGUUUCACUAGCUGUGAAUGUUUUCUUUAUAAUCCUCUCAUGUUGCCUCUGGAACACAAGACAAAAGGUGAAACCAAGUCAAGAGGACCGAACUUACGUGUCACUGCAAAAAUUGAAUACAUCUCCAGAGUAUGAUGUUAUUGCACAACGACAGCACCGAUAAGCCUUUACAUGGAUUUCCUUUAGUGAGCUUCUUCACUGUGAAUUUAUGUAAUGUAUUCCUUUAAACAAAAGGAACAGAUGGGACACAUCUCAAGAACUUUAAUGUUUAUUAACUUAUACAUGUCAGAUAGAUUUCCUUACAGAGACAAAAGGAUUUACUUCUUCCAAGAGAGAGUUGGACACUGAAAGUGCACUCAGGAAUUUCUGACUCGAGCUGGAAUAUCUAACAGGUCAAACUGGUCAACUCUUCUCAGAAAGGAGUAAGAGUUGAGCAUUGGCCAAACUAUGAUUUUGUAUUUGGGGGGUUACUCAGGAAAGAUAUCCUAUCUUUCAUUUGAAUUAAUGAAAAGCCUGGAAACUAAAGAAAUAACAUAAAUUUUUAUUUUUUAUUGCCUUAAAAAUUUUAGGUAAUGGAAUAUGAUAACUUGAGUAGAUUUCACUUUAAAUUUUGCUAUUCUGCAGAUCUUACAAUAAAGAGUUGUGUUAAAAAGAUAUUUUUCUAAACUCUUAAAAGGGUUUUAUAUACUUUAAGCAGACUUUUUUUUUUUUUUUAAAGACCUGGGAAAGAUUCUUUUCUUCUGGGAAGAGUAGUUAAUUGAUUUUGUUCUAUCCGAUCAAAUAACUUCCACAGCACAUAUGUUCUUGGAGAAGCAAUAUAUAUGUGUGUAUUAUUUAUAAAGGCAGCUCAGAUAUUCAAGAUUUGCUGAUCAACUUUAGUUGAAUCAUUUAUUCCUUCUUUAAUGUUUUUCUUUAAGCUUUGUUUAUCUAAUGAGUUGUUGUGUUUUAUUUCAUUGUGUUACGAAGGACUUAUUAAUGUUCAUUACAUGUACUUCAUAUUUAAUGUUUAACAACUUACACGUGGGAUUACAAAUGUUUUAAUUUGAUACUUUUAAACAAAAGAAAUCAGAAACGUUUGUAACAUUAAACCACUCCUUAGGGUAGAUAUUAGGAACCUGAUCUCUUGAACUUUCACUGCAUGGAACCUGCUCUUAUUGGUUGGAGCCAGUAACCACGGUGAUACAGUAACCACACCUCCAGGUCAUCUUCCCCAAUCUGAACCCCAAGCAACUGGAAGCCAUAGACCCUCUCCACAUAGUCUCUGCUGAUGAGCAAUGGCUGGAUGUCUGUUUUUUUUGCUCCUGAAGUCUAUCAUCAGCUCAUUUGUUUUGACUGUUUAAGGAUCAGGUUAUUGUCCCUACUCCACCUCAUCCCUGUAUGCAGACUCGUUCCCCUCCUCCGAGAUGACUCCUACCACUGUGGUGUCAUCUGUAAACUUAAUGAUGGUGUUGCUGGAAUGAGUGAGGGUAUUGUCAUGGGUGUAGAAGGUGUACAGUAGGGGGCUCAGCACACAGCCUUGAGGGCAGCCCGGGCUGGGGCUGAUGGUUGAGGAGGUGUGAUGGCCUGCUUUCACCCUCUGGGUGUGAUCCAACAGGAAGUCCAGGAUCCAGCAGCAGAUGGAGGAAGACCAUCCCAUCUCUGCCAGUUUGGACACGAGUCCGUGGGGGAGGAUGGUGUUAAAUGCAGUGCUGAAAUCAACAAAAAGCAGUCUUGCAUAGCUCCUCCGCUGCUCCAGAUGGCUUAGAGCAGUGUCCAUGUGUGCAUCCAGAGGACCGAAGCUGAGCCUGCAUGAGAAUGAACGUAGAAAUACACAAGGAUGAUCUGACCAAGAGGUGCAGGAUAGGACAGAAAAUCUACCUCUGCACAUGUCCUUUUGUCAAACUAGUUAAACUCAAACUAGUUUGUUUCAUGUUUUGAUUGUUUUUUGGAACAAGUUAACUUACACCUGCUCACUUAAAACCACAGCACAAAAUUUUCUGGCUUUUUAAGAUCAGCUUUUCUGAUUUUUGCAUCACUUCAGGGAUUAAUUCAGAUAAUUUUUUACUAUCCACCGUCUGAUGACGCCAACCCCAGUCGAUCCUCUGAAGGAGGAGAAU